AUGGAACAACCACCGGCCCCCAGACCUUCGGGUCUCCCACGACCAUCUCGACUUCCCGUCCUCAGCUUGCGAUCUGCUUCUUCUAGAGAGAACUUGCAAGCCUCGAGGACUGUUGGUAUAAGCAAUCCUCGCCUUCGAAGCUCUGCAUCCCGCGACACCCUCUCCUCUGCCUACGCGAAGCCUCGUGCUCCUUCAACGACCAGCAAACGCCUGUCCCCCAUAGCCCCGCGCGAGCGAGAUUUCUCGGGCCCAACAGUGAUACACACGCCGGCUGUCGCCCAAACUCUGCAGAGGAGAGCCAGCGAAGAUGUGCUGUUCCGAAAGCCCUCCGGGCCGUUUCUGCAGCCACAGCCAGCUCAGGUAGAAUUAAAGGAGGACUAUGGGGCUAUUACAGAGGACGAUGGUGCGGUGAUGGAAAGUACAAAGCCAAAGGGUGCACCCCGAAAGCCCAGGCCCUCCCUAUCCGAACGAACCAUGGAGACCCUGCAGAACAUACCUUCCUCUCCUGCCCAUACACGGAGACGGGGAUCCAGCUUCUACAAAGCCGAGAGCCCUUUGAGACCUCCAUCCAGGGCCGUCAGCUCAAGGCCGACCUCAAGUGCAGGCUCUGGGAUGAGCUCUGCAAACGCAAUCCCCAUAGACUUCCGGGCAUCCACAAACACUUACCGACCUCCGCAAUCAUCAGUCCAUGUGUACGCUCUACAAAAACGUCCCGGCACGGCGGAGUCCGCUUCAUACAGGACUCCCUCUACGAGCAAGAGCAUGGGACCUCCUGAGAAAUCCAGACUCCCUUCACCGGUCGGAUCUUCCGUACGGACGUCACCAAGUCCGAUCAAACAAGGAUCCCUUCCAGUGAUCAAAGCAGGAAGCAAGACUCUUGCUGCCAGACCUUUGCAACAGCGACCUUCUGUUAAUGGACUUUUUCGAAAGCCCUCUCCACAAACAUUAGAUCAGCCCGGUGACCUCGACAGGAUUGGCUUCGUCAAAAAGAAGCCCGCAACGUUCUCCAACAGCUCCUCGGAAGCGGCAUCGACCACUUCCAAGGUCUCGAAAGCGACUAGCGCUUCAACUGCGCCUGCGGAUGAGCAAAGUACAACUCCAAGGAAGUCGUCUUCUGCCUUGCGAGACCAGAUUGCCAAGGCCAAGGCUGCAAAGCGGGCCGUGGGGGCAAAACAGCAGACAGCGUUUGACGCGGUUGGGUUCCAUGGCCUCAAGUCGCCAAUAAUGGCUUCAGGCACUUUUGAUUUUGGACUAGACAAUGACCCCUUCAACCAGCAAGUACACCAAGACGGCGCCAAAGGACUUCUCCGGAAGCGGAUCGAUGCAGCCCGGACCGAUGGACGUCUCAACAUCGCUGCAAUGGGCUUCAAGCAGAUUCCGGAUGAAAUCAUGGACAUGUACAAUCUUGAAUCGAUUGACGGCCAAGAUGGGGCUUGGGCAGAGUCUGUUGACAUGACGAGGUUUAUUGCAGCUGGAAAUGAGCUUGAGUUGCUUUCCGACGAUAUUUUCCCUGAUGUCGACCCACGAGAGACGGCGGAUAACGAGAAUGCCAAAGGGAAUCAGUUUGGAGGUCUUGAGACACUUGAUUUGCAUGGCAAUGUCUUGAUAGCUCUUCCUCUCGGACUCAGGAGGCUGGAGCUGCUAACCACACUGAAUCUUUCAAACAACAAGCUGGGAAACGAUUGUCUCCAAGUAGUUUCUCAAAUUCCGUCCUUGCGCGAUUUAAAGAUUGGCAACAAUGGAUUAACGGGCCCACUGGAUCCCAGCAUAACGGCUCUUACGAAUCUGGAGGUCCUAGAUUUGCAGACCAACUCACUCACAUCUCUGCCAGAAGGAUUAGCCGAGCUUGUCCGACUGCGAGUGCUCAACAUCACGGACAACAAAUUCAAGUCUCUGCCAUUCGAAAAACUGCGCCACAUGCCCCUGAUGGAGCUGCUGGCUGCCAAGAACUCGCUAACCGGAACUCUGAUCUAUGCAGAAGUUGAAGAACUUCGACACCUUCAGAUUCUCGAUAUCACUGCUAACGCUUUGACCAACCUCGAUGUUUCGGGGACUUUGAAACUUCCGGCUCUGCACCAGCUCAGCUGUUCGGCAAACCGGCUGACUGAGCUCCCCGACCUGGAAAGCUGGAUUUCGCUUCUUACACUAUCAGCUGAGGAUAACAACCUCGGAGCCAUCCCCGACGGCUUCGUCAAGCUUCCCAAAGUCAAGAAUGUGAACUUCAGCGGCAACAACAUCAAGACACUGGACGACCGGAUUGGUGCCAUGGAAAGCCUCGAUAUCUUAAGAAUUAGCGGCAACCCACUCAGGGAGAAGAAGUUCUCGGGCAUGACCACGGAGGACUUGAAGCGAACUCUCAAGGCCCGAAUGGAACCCGAGGAGAUUGAAAAGGACAUGGAAAACGAUGGAGACUUUUCUCUUCCCAGUACUCCCAUAUCCUCUCGUGCGGUAUCUUUAGACUGGCCUGUCAAGGCAGGAGGUGUCCUUGAUCGCUCAAACACUCAUUCGCACUCACUCAACCCCGUAGCCGCCGCAGACGUCGCUGCGAACCAUGCCAUCUACACCUUGGACCUGCACCACAACAUCUUUAAAGAGAUUCCGGCCUCGAUUGCCUUCUUCGCCAGCACCUUGACGACGUUAAGCCUCGCUCACAACGAACUCACAAGCGACAGCUUCUUCAAAGACGACCUCGAAUUGCCUGUGCUUAAAGAGCUAUACUUGACAUCCAACACGUUCAACUCGGUCCAGCCCAUCAUCCAGCACCUCAAUGCGCCCAUGCUGGAAAAGCUCGAUAUCAGCUUCAACCGGCUGACUUCGCUACCACCUCUCAAGCCUCAUUUUCCCAAGUUGAUUACGCUCUUGGCGUCGCAUAACACCAUCAGGGAGUUGUCACCUGAGUCCGUGAAAGGUCUUCGCGUCUUGGACUGCAGCAGCAAUGACCUCAACAGUCUUAAUGCUCGAAUCGGACUGCUUGGCGGUCCAGAUGGGCUGAAGACUUUAGAUGUCAGCGGGAAUCGGUUCAGAGUGCCCAAAUACACUGUCCUCGAGAAGGGGACUGAGGCUACGCUUGCUUGGCUGCGGGACCGGAUCCCAGCCUGCGAGGCGAAUCUUCUGGAGAUGGAGUAA